UGCGGCCGUGUAAUUUUCCAUGCCAUCGAUUGCUGUGAGCGCUCUCUCUCUCUCUCUCUCUCUCUCCCUUUGUAGCACACACGGCGGGAAACCGAUAUUUUGGCGAAAACCCUCCCUCCAAUUCCCAAAACCCGAUCCUCUCAUCCUCCUCUUUUAAAUCCCUAAUCCAAUCUCCUUUCCCAAAAUUUCGAAACCCCACUCACUUUCACUCUGAGAAGACGUGAGAAAGUUUCGCUUCCUAUCCUCCAUUGCCAUUACUUUCCGUUCGAGACCGAGUGCGAGAGAGAGCAAAGGUAAGGCCCACUGCUUUUGCUUCUUCUCUCUCCUCGGUCGCGAAAAUUCAUGGCAUUCGCUCUCAAGCACCAAGAUGACGACACCACCGUCGACGUCCACAGCGCCAUCGGCACUCCCGUUCGGUAUCUCCCACUUGACCACGUCUACUCCGCCACCUCCCCCUGCUGCGUCAGCGUCAGCGUCAGCGCCAGCGGCUCCUCCAACGUCAUGUCCAAGAAAGUGAAAGCCCGUAAGCUCAUCGUUACCGAUUACGACCACGAUCCCGAUCCCGAUCGCAAACCCUCUUCCCCUUCCAUCCAUAGACGACCUCCUCUCGUCCACGUUUACUCUCGCCGCCCCAAAACAUUCCGCCAUUCAUCUUUCUACGAUUCUGUUAUCACCCGCGAAGAGGCAACUUCUGAGUUUGAUGGGAAGUUAGGGGGGAGAUUGUUGAACAAAAAGAAGAAGAAACGGAGAUUUGGGAGUAGUGAACUGGUGAAGUUGGGUGUAGACUCCAGCGUUUUACGCAGCCUUGAUGGGCCGCGAUUGAGGGAUUCCCGAAAUCGUAAUACUACUAAUAGUAAUAAUUCUAGUACUAACUCCCGGAAACGGAAGCGAGUUUUUUCGGAGAAUUGUGAGAACGUUUUGUCCGAGUCACCUUCCACCAAGAGAUGGGUCAGGUUGAGUUUCGAUAGUGUUCAUCCAAAAACAUUUAUUGGACUACAAUGCAAGGUUUAUUGGCCACUGGAUGCUGAUUGGUAUUCUGGUCGAGUUGUGGAUUACAAUCCAGAGGCUAAUCGACAUCAAGUAGAAUAUGAAGAUGGUGAUAAAGAAGAUCUGAUUCUUUCAAAUGAGAAAAUUAAAUUUUUUAUCUCUCAUGAAGAGAUGCAACAUUUGAACUUCAGUUGUAGUGUUAACAGUAUGGAUGGUGAUGCCUAUGAUUACAACGAGAUGGUUGUGUUGGCUGCUAGUUUGGAUGACUGCCAAGAUCUUGAGCCCGGGGAUAUUAUAUGGGCCAAGCUUACUGGUCAUGCUAUGUGGCCGGCAAUUGUUGUGGAUGAAUCACUCAUUGGUGAUCAUAAAGGGUUAAGCAAAAUUUUGGGAGGACAGUCAAUUCCAGUGCAGUUUUUUGGUACACAUGAUUUUGCAAGAAUUAAAGUGAAACAGGUUAUCUCAUUUCUCAAGGGACUCCUUUCUUCUUUCCACCUGAAGUGCAAGAAACCUCGUUUCAUUCGCAGCUUGGAAGAAGCGAAAACGUAUUUGAGUGAACAAAAGCUUCCAAGAAGAAUGCUACAGCUGCGAAAUGGAAUUACCACUGAUAAUGUAAGUGCAAGUGAAGAUGAUGGAGGGAGUACAGACACUGGUGAAGAUUGCCUAGAAGAUGUAGAGAUUGAUGGGGCAUCAGAGGGCCUUGGUACUUCUUCCUAUGUAAUUGGGGAUUUGCGAAUUAUGAGCCUUGGUAAGAUUGUCAAGGACUCGGAAUACUUCCAAGAUGAGAAAUCCGUUUGGCCUGAAGGAUAUACUGCUGUGAGAAAGUUUACUUCAAUGAAUGAUCCCAGUGCAUGUGCCUUAUAUAAGAUGGAAGUGUUGAGAGAUGCUGAAUCAAAGCUUCGACCUCUAUUUAGAGUGACAUUAGAUAAUGGAGAGCAGUUCAAAGGAUCCACUCCAUCUGAAUGCUGGAAUAAAAUAUACAAAAGAAUAAAAAAAAUACAAACAAGUAGCUCUGAUUGUUCUAGUGCUGAAGCUGGAGGAGAGAGAAUCUAUAAGUCUGGUUCUUACAUGUUUGGUUUCUCUAAUCCUGAAGUUUUGAAGCUAAUACAGGGGUCAUCUAAAUUUAGACUUUCUUCAAAAUUCUGUGUCUGCAAGUUGGCCUCUAGAAGAUAUCAAGACCCGCCUGUUGGGUACAGGCCUGUUCGUGUUGACUGGAAAGACCUCGACAAGUGCAGUGUUUGUCACAUGGAUGAGGAGUAUGAAAACAAUCUGUUCCUGCAAUGUGAUAAAUGCAGAAUGAUGGUCCAUGCUAGAUGCUAUGGAGAAUUAGAACCUGUCAAUGGAGUGCUAUGGUUAUGUAACUUAUGUCGACCCGGGGCUCCCAACCCUCCACCUCGUUGCUGCCUUUGUCCUGUUAUAGGGGGCGCAAUGAAGCCAACAACUGAUGGGCGCUGGGCUCAUCUAGCUUGUGCUAUAUGGAUACCUGAAACUUGCUUAUCGGAUAUAAAAAGAAUGGAGCCUAUUGAUGGGCUAAGUAGAAUCAAUAAGGAUCGCUGGAAGCUGUUAUGCAGCAUCUGCGGUGUAUCUUAUGGAGCUUGCAUUCAAUGUUCAAACAAUACUUGUUAUGUAGCGUAUCAUCCACUUUGUGCACGUGCAGCUGGUUUGUGUGUCGAGCUUGAAGAUGAGGACAGACUAUAUCUGCUAGCUGUAGAUGAUGAUGAAGAAGAUCAGUGCAUCCGAUUGCUAUCGUUUUGCAAGAAGCAUAGGCAACCCUCUAAUGAGCGUUCGGCUGGUGAUGAACGUAUUGGGCAAGUUGCUCGUCAGUGUUCAGACUAUACCCCACCAUCUAAUCCUUCUGGCUGUGCUCGCACUGAACCUUACAAUUACUUUGGUAGAAGGGGGCGGAAAGAGCCAGAAGCCCUUGCCGCUGCCUCCUUGAAGCGCUUGUUUGUACAGAACCAGCCUUACUUAGUCAAUGGUUAUGGCCAGCACACAUUUUCAGGAAACUUCUUGUCUUCCAAUGGACUCAUUGGCUUCAUGUUCUCUUCUACCCUACAGAGGCUGAAAAGCUCUCAGCUUAAUGCUCCUAACAACAUACUCUCAAUGGCUGAAAAAUAUAGACACAUGAGGGAGACAUUCCGAAAGAGACUAGCAUUUGGGAAAUCAGGAAUCCAUGGGUUUGGUAUCUUCACAAAGCAUCCACAUAGAGCAGGAGACAUGGUGAUUGAAUACACAGGCGAACUUGUUAGACCUCCUAUAGCUGACCGGAGAGAGCGCUUUAUAUACAAUUCAUUGGUGGGUGCUGGGACUUAUAUGUUUCGGAUUGAUGAUGAGCGAGUCAUUGAUGCCACAAGGGCUGGAAGUAUUGCUCAUCUGAUUAACCACUCUUGUGAACCAAAUUGCUAUUCAAGAGUUAUAAGUGUCAAUGGUGAUGAGCAUAUAAUUAUAUUUGCCAAGAGAGACAUCAAAAGAUGGGAGGAACUCACAUAUGAUUAUAGAUUUUUUUCAAUUGAUGAACAACUAGCAUGUUAUUGUGGCUUCCCAAGAUGCCGGGGUGUAGUUAAUGACAUUGAAUCGGAAGAGCGAGCAGCAAAGCUAUAUGCACCUCGCAGUGAAUUAAUAGAUUGGAGAGGAGAGUAAAAAAGAAGUUUCUCAAUGUAAAGAUAUGUUUAUCUGAGAUGCUUCUGAAGAGAUCUUUUCUCCAACAACCUACUCAUCGGCUCUUAUUUUUUAUUGAGGCAGAUAGCGGUGUAGGGUUCUGAUUUUUCUUCUCUCAUCUAUUUGUUACACAACCAAAGAGCUUUUUUCGCAAAAGCUUUUUAAUCUGAGCAAACCAACUUGAGAAUGGUAUCAGGAAAAAAAAAAUUAUUCUUAACAAAAAUUUAUUCGAGCAUGAGUAAAGGUGUAUUAGUUUAAUUUUACUUCUACC